AUGCGAGAGCUAGCUCAUCCUGAUCGGUUGAAGAUGUGUGUCGCCUACUUCUUAUCCUCUAUAAUUAGUGGGAAAACAAAAAACGGUAAGGGAGCACCAUCUGUUGACCCCUUAUUCCUGAGGAUUGUGGAUGAUCUUGAGGCUUGUAAAAGGUUUCCUUGGGGUAGGUAUUCAUUCGAUGUAAAUAUGAAGGAUAUUGAGCAUACAAUGAGGCAUUUCAAAGGGGUCGUCGAAACAGAUGCCUGGACAUUUCCAAGCUUUGUUACUCCCUUGGAGUUGCUAGCUUUUGAGGCCUUCCCAUGUCUGAAGAACAAAUACAGAGACGAAGUUAGAGGAUCAGAGAGGGAUUGUCCCCGGAUGUGCAGGCAGAAGUUCCAAUCAUUCACCCUAAAAGGUUUCCCUUUGUCGGAACUCUAUGAAACACUGGGUAACACUAAGGUCAUCGAGAGUAUACUGCAACUAUCCGAGGAUGCGGUAAUUAUGCUUGCUGGAGUCAUGGAGAUGAAUGAAGAGGAAGAUGUCGGAGAUAUCGUUCCUGAAAAUUGGACGAGGCGUUUAGUUAAGGAAAAGAAGCCGAUAUUCUGGAAAGAGAUAUGCAAGAUCGAUGUUGAUGCCCGAGAUAAUAAGGAGUGGGUAAACCAUCCGGCAGCGGCUAAGAAUAAUGUGGGGACGGAGAAUGUGGCGCCUCUUGGAUUGGUGGAACAGAUUCAGAGCCUGCAGAAGAGUGGAGAGAAACUUGAAAGUGUGGUGACAACUGAGAAAGCGAGGAAGCAGAAACAGCCGAAGAAGAAGCAGAAGGAACCGGAGCAGAAGGAGGCAGAGCAGAAGGAGGCGGAGCAGAAAGAGCCGGAGAUGAAUGUCGCGGAGCUGAAUGAGGCGGAGAUGAAAGAGACGAAGCAGAAGGAGGCGGAGCAGCUUGUUGAACCAGACGGUGCUGACGCUGUGAAUGCAGAAGUGGGUACAGGUAAACGGAAACAAGAGCAAUCGAAGCUAGGGCCAAACACAAGGCAGAGACGUUAA